AGGCCGAUGUAUACCACUGGUCGUCGGGGCGCGGGAACUUCCCGGACUAUGCCGUCUCCAGCGCCUCAGCACCCUUUGACCUUGCGCACAAGCAUGCGUGGAAUUGGUCCCACCCUGAUGGAAGGUUCGCAACGUUGACCUAUGGAACGGCGAUCGACCACAUGCGCAACGUCUACCUCUCCGGUGCGGACGGGGUGCGAAAGUUCGAUAAGCAUGGCAAGCAGCUCUGGGAACACAUCUCCCUACCGGCAGAGAUGAUGGAUGCUCCCUCCCUCUACGACGGCAAGGUGUUUGGCAGCGACACCAAAGGGAAUGUCGUCGCUCUGGACAUGGAGAAGGGCGAGGUGGUUUGGAAGACCCAGGUCGCUGAGGAGAUUGGGCAGGACAACGGCUUCACCAUGGCAAACGAUGGAGUGGUGCUCGCGGCGUGCGACUGGCAUGAGCCUGGGCCACAUGGCGCGGCGAACCACAAG